CAACGGUGGGAGAAGCUGCUCAGUGUGUGUCCCGGCUUGAUAGAACAGCUGAACUAAUUUAAACGUGGUUUCGUUUUCGCUUUGUAGGACUAUGUGUAAACGGUAGCUGAUUAUUAUUUUCUUUCGUGUGUGAAUGUCUUCGUCGUUUUUUAUUUAUGUAUAUGUGAUUUAAGGUGAUGUGAUCGUGAUUGAGCUCAGAAUAAACAAUUAUGUGGUAAUGUUAACUCGCUGAAACUUACACGGUAAGAUAACUCGCGUAGCGUCGCGCGCACGAUGUAGAGAAUGUUCGCAUGUAUUUUAUAUACAGCAUUACGUAAAAGACAAUUUAAGAACGGUCUGUGAAACGGGAUAUCACAAUACUAUAAUCCACACGAAUCCGUUCCGCACCCUUCAUGACUAACGCCACAGGUGUGUGAGAACUAGCGCACACGUAUAGCUGCUUAGGCCUAACAUAGUUGGCAUCACCCCAGUAGCCGCAUUCGUCUAUAGAAAGGGAGUAUGUGCAAGAAAACCUCACAAGCUCAGCGCUGAAGAUGGCGGAGAAGGGAGAGCUGCUCCGGCGGAUCCCGAGUGUCAAGUUAUGGCUGGUUCUCACCUUCACUCUCGCAUACACCGUGGUGCUCCUCGUCGCUGACUACACUACUCAUUCCCUGACGCUGAGAGUGGAGGAGUAUCAUGCUCUCUACAACCUCUUAUCGCUCAUCGGAUGCUUGCUCACGAUGAAGUUAUGUUCGAGGCCCCAGAGCUUGCACAACACCUUCGGAUGGGCCCGGCUGGAGGUGUUGUCAAUGCUCACGACGCUUCUGUUCCUGACUGCUCUCUGCUUCAGCGUCGCCGUCGAGGCCAUCCAGACGGCCGUGCACGCAGGUCAUCAGGACGCCAUGCACCAUCCACUCCAGGUUCUUAUGCUGGGCAUCGUUGGCCUGGUUAUUAACGGCGUCGUCUUCUGUCUCAUAGGAGGGUACACGCAUCAUCAAGGGUGUUUCCUAGAAAUGCGCCCUUCAGGAGGCGUCUGGGUCGGCCGGCAGGUCACGCAAGAGGCCGUCCAGGCAGGCCGCAGGACGCUGUCUUCAAGGAACCUCAAGGCAGGAGCAGCAAAACCUUCAAGGAUAAGGCAGGGCGUCUUGGAAGUCCUCAGGGAUAUUUGCGGUGUAUUGCUGGUGAUGGUGUGCGCCGCUGUAGUGUACUGGGACAACGGGGGAACCAUAGCACUCUACAUUGAUCCCGCUCUUGCUGUGACUUCAGCUGCCCUUCUCAUGUGGUUUAGUUUCCCCUAUGGGAAGGAAUGCUGCCACAUACUACUGCAGACAAUUCCUGGCCACAUAGACGUAGAGGAGUUCCAGGCACGAUUCUUGCAAGAAUUUCCUGCAAUUGUCAAUGUUCAUCACCUCCAUAUCUGGACCUUUACUCCUGAAAAUGUAGUAGCAACGGCACACGUGGUCUUUUCAUCUCCGCGAGUGUACCUCAACAUGAAAGCUGCUCUUACACACUUCUUCCACGAGGAGGGCAUAACGAAAGUCACUCUACAGCCAGAGUACCUUGAGAUAGGCACAGAUGAGGCGCUGGAUACCAUCCUGCCGACGAAGGGACAAGUGUGUCUUCUGAGAUGCGAAAAUGAGCAUUGUUUCCAGAAGGAAUGCUGUCAUGAGUGCUGCCACCAGGAACUCACUACUGUCACCACUACUAGGUCACGGGUAGUUACUGCAAAUACCAAGACAUUGGAGGAGUGUUUACCCACCAACACCGCAUACACCAUGGCAGACGCGCCAAGUAAACAAGUGAACAGUGAGACAGGUGAUAAACAAGUGAAUAUCGAGGCAGGUGAAGGAGUCCCACUUGAGAAAGAUCCAAGUCCACUUCUGUCGAAAACUCCAAAAGAAAAGGAUCAGACGGCGCAGCCAGAGGAGGAGAUUCCGUUCUUGCAGAGUGUAAUUGUUUCAAGUGGUGAUGCCAGUGAGAGCAGAAGCCCUCAGCAAAGUGAAGAAAAUGUGAAGAUACAAAAAGAGGCUUUAGGACAUGAAAGUGAAAGAAAUUAGUACUAAGUGAUUUACUCUAAAUAUGAUUGCAUUUCACAACAGUAUCUAGACUUUUAUUGAAAUAAACUAUGCAGAAAGAGUCACAUUGAUUAUAUAUACUUUAAACUUUAUAAUAUAUAUAUAUGAUAUAUAAAACGGGUUCUGCUUUAUUGUUUCAAAUUUCGAGUCAUUAUAAAGUGCCAGGCUCAGAGCUCACCGUCAAGAAUUUUUACUCGAUUUGUUACAAUGAGCUCACAAACUGCAACUUGUGAAAACUUAUUUUUCGUUAGUGCUUGAUUUAGCGAUACUGAGUAUAAAACAAGACCUUCUUUAAGGAUUUUCUAGUGGGGUUUCCAUUGAAAAAGGGACCAAUUUUGUAUAUCAUGAUAUCAGUUGAUAUUAAGAAGAGAGUUGCCUUGUUUAUUCUACUGUUACAAGUUACAUCCGUAAACGAAAACCGCUUGAAAUGUCAGAUCAAAACACACACA